CGAAGAAUAUAAAGAAGGGAGAAAUUCUCAGAGGCUCAGAAUAGAGAAGGGGCAAAAAGACAGAGCCACCGUAUUAGUUCUUGAAAAUUUUUUACUAUGGCAGCCAGGAAGAGCUACCUCGCCAGACCCAGUUAUCGAUUUAUCGGCGGGGAUAAAGAUAAAACGAUUAGUUCCGAUACCAUGUUCGAAUUCGACGAAGCCGACCUGUGGAAUUUGAAUCACGCUGCCUCGCCUGAGUUGAAGAAACCGAUAACCAAUGUGCGUGCAGCGAAGAAAUCGGGGAAAAGGGUCGAGAAUGCUGAUCGGGGUGGUGGAGCAACUGCAACUUCGACGUCGUUGCCGGUUAACAUACCCGACUGGUCGAAGAUCCUCAGGGAGGAUUACAGGGACACUCGGAGAAGAGAGAACAACGACAACUUUGAUGACGAAGACGAGGAUUCUGAAGACAGCAGGAUUCCUCCACACGAAUUCCUAGCAAGGCAAUUUGCGAGGACCCGAACUGCUUCCUUCUCUGUUCAUGAAGGGAUCGGGAGAACCCUGAAAGGUAGGGAUUUGAGUAGGGUCAGAAACGCAAUCUGGGAGAAGACUGGGUUUCAGGAUUAGCAGCAAGUACACUGAGAAAAAAAAAGAGAGACAGAUAGAGAAAAAGAUAGAAAUUUUAUAGGAAUUUUGAUGCCUCCAUAGUUCCAUCCAGUUCUUUGUUUUUUUUUUUCCUCCCCUUUUUUUUAUAGGCUGUUUUUUCCCCGGUUUCCUUUAUAUCACCUUCCUUUUUUGAAUUUCUUGGUGACUGGUUUGAACGAAUCGGCGGACAAUUCAAGUUCGAGCAUGAAAUCGUCUAACUUAGGGAUUGUAUUUGAAUUUCGAGAGGAGGAAACCUGAAUUUCUCUUCUGUUAUUGUUUCUAUGUGUAAUUUUCAGUCUUCUGGGAUCCAUUGCUGUUUCUUUUAUUUUCUGUCUGGUUUCGAAACAAUGGAGGGCAGUAUAGUAAUUUAGGGAGGUAUUUGGCUUAUUAGCCACCUCAUAUCGUUGGGUC